AUGUCACAAAAGCCGCGCGUUCUCGUGCUUGGAGGCCUAAAUGUUUGUUCAGGCCAGUUACUUCGAUACCUCGUUGCCCCCGAGGGGAAACCCGAUCUCCUCGUCUCGCCGUUGGAAGUGCCCGCCAAAUCAUGCGCAUACUCACUUGAUUUCUAUGUCUUUAUCGCCUAUGCCUCCAACCUCCUUGCAUCUGUCAGCUAUCUAGGGUCGCGCGUUCGAGCUGUGUUUGACAAUCCAAUAAUCGAAUAUCGUCAAGCAAAUUUGGCGAUACCUAACAUUGUCUCGUCUGUAUUCGAGCCACCAUCCUCUGGUGCAUCGGAACUUUCGUGGGACAUUGUUUUCGACUUCACAGGAGAGAUUCGGUAUGAGCGCUCAGAUGACCAUCACCUCCAGCAGACUGCCAAAGUGGCGCAGCUUCUGGGUCAGGAAGCGGCGAAGCGGAAAGUUGGGGCCUAUGUCAGGAUUACGCAUCCUUUCUACCACACUUCCACUUCAGAUAAACCCUCAAAGGAGAAAGAUAGGGCGAAAGGAUUGACAAAGGAACAUGAAGGCGUUAAGCCCGCAAGUGUUAGGGGAUACUGGUGGCAUGAAGCCCUCAGAGCGCUGGCUGCUAUCCAAGGACUUAAUCUUGUCAUAGUGAGAGUUGGUGCCGCCUACGGACCUCAACAGACGUUUGGUACAGUUCACUCCCGUAUCAUUGUCGGCCGAGUGUAUCAGUACAGGCAAUGGGAGAUGAAGUACCUAUGGACACCUGGCCUUCGAUACAAUACAGUUCAUGCAUGGGACGUCGCCGGUGCAGUGUGGGAGGUCGGGAAAUGGAUGCUCGCGACGGGUAGGGCUCAAGCCGACGAGAUCGCCGGAGAAACGAUACAGCACUUCCCUGCGAAGGCUAAGGACGUCGAGGAAAAGGCAGCUGCGUUUCUGGAUACGAAGAUCGAGCCUAAAGCGCCGCUGUUCAACUUGGUCGACGACGGUGAUACGACACUAAAGGACAUCGGAGAAGCCAUCAGUGAAGUUUUAGAAUUAGACUUCAGUUUCUAUGGGAUGCUAACUAAUGCAUCAAUGUCCAUCAAAAAGGACCUGCAGGACAUUGCGAACGAGACAAAUGAUGAACACAUGGAAUCAUGGGGGGAACUAAUCCUCAAUUCGUCACCUCCAGUGCCCUUAACACCGCUCACCCCUUUCGUUGACACGCACUAUCUGUACAAGUACAGCGUAGCGUAUUCAAACGAAAAGCUGAAGAGGAUCAUUGGAUACAAGUUUAAGUACCCGAAAUUUGGCGCCGAGCAGGUUGGGGAUAUUGUACGAUCGUUCCAGGAGGAAGGGACCUGGCCCAACUAA